ACCUCUUCCCCUGCCGUGACUCAAAGAGAGUCGAGGAUUCUACACCACAGGUGGCUCUGGACGAUUCUGAGAUUAAGUUAGCAGAUGAAACCAUUUCUGUUGAGCCUGAGCCAGGGUGUCAGACCAGGUCUGACCAGGUUUGUGCAGCUCUCCAGCCCUCAUCUGUGCAAGAGGCCGACCAAGAUCCAGCCACUCCAGCGGUGUCAUGUGUGUCAGAUUCAUCGGAUUUGGAGAUCAGUAUGGAUUCUGGAUCUAGAGUGUCUUUCUUCGUAGUGGGAGAGCUUCUAGGGCGUGGAAGUUUUGGCUUGGUGUAUGAGGGAUCCCACAUAUUUAGUGACAGAAUUAAGGUUGCAAUGAAAUACAUCCACAAGCACCAAGCUGAUCGUUAUCUUGACGCUCCUGGUCAUUCCAAACCUGUGCUUGCAGAAGUGGCAAUGUUGCUUCGGUUGGGACAACCUCCCUUAUGCCCCAACGUCAUCAAAUUGCAUGAUUGGAUUGAGAAUAAGAAGAGCUUUGUGCUCAUAAUGGAGUACCCGGAGCCAUGCCAUACCUUGCAUCAACACAUCAUCUAUUCAGACGACACGAAUGAAAAAAAAGCACGCUGGAUAAUCUGUCAGUUAAUCCAAGCGGUGAAACAUUGUAUUGACCGUGGAGUCUUCCAUGGUGAUAUCCACUCGGGGAACAUCCUGGUGACUGACCCCAGUUUAAAGCUCAAACUAAUUGACUUUGGUUGUGCUCAUCCAUUGAGCAGUGAGGGCAAUCUUAGCAGUGAAUAUCGAGGAGCACCAUUCUGCACCCCACCUGAGGUCUUAAUGCAUACCACAUUCCACGCUAACCCAGCAUAUGUCUGGGCAGUAGGUGUUGUGCUCUUUGAAAUCUUGCAUGGAUAUUUGCCCUUUGAAAGCCAAGACGAAAUACUGCGUGGCUACGUUCAAACGAAACUGACUUUAUCCUCAGCAUGCCGUGACCUGAUUUUCCAGUGUUUGAUCCGCAAUCCAUCUAACAGACUGACACUAGAGCAUCUAGAAGAGCACAGGUGGUUUAAUAACUAGACAGUGGACCCCAUGCUUCAACCAGACAAGAGAAGUUAAUCUAACACACAGAGUAGGUCUUAAAUUGUUUCUCAGUCCCCUCUUGCCCAUGGGAAGAGUCAUCUACAUUAAGACAAGACUCUAUUGGCAAAGUUUAUUGUUAAACUGUAUCUUAUACAUGGAUAUUAUAAGAGGUGGUACAGAGAUUCAUCCA